AACCGAAUACAAUCAAUGUAACUGGCAGACAGUGGCAUCAGUGGCGACCGGUGGCGACUGCUGUAGUUCUAGUUAUUGAUAUUAGUGAAAGGAAAUAUGUCAAUUAAGCUGACGUAAUGUUGCUGCAGUGUACUUGGGCCCCUUCUUCAAAAUGCCAGCAUAAAAUCGUAAAUUGAUUUACAGUGGAUUACUGACAUUAACACCGACGACAAGGGCGGUGAUGAGCAGUGAAAACACCGUAAUCAGGUAUGCUCGUGUUUUGAAUCAUAAAGAAGAAUGACAAUGGAAGGUCAACAAUUGCAGUUCCAGAGUAUAUUACAAAAUUCACCAAUUAAUGCAUUUACAGAGUGUCUUCAUUCUUGCAUUAAUGAUAUCUGUGGCAGGAAAAGCAACACAUAUGAAAACCUUAAGUCAGUAACAGAUUGGACCAGUGAUGAAUACACAGUAGUUACAAUUGGUAUAAAACAGCUGUUCAUAGAUGCUGUUGCUAAUCAACUGAGCAGAAAUGAGGUAAUGGAUAAAGUUGCGGAACUUGAUGCUGAUCGCCAGGAGAUUAUAAUAGAGUGCCUUGAAGUCCGGCAAGGUGACAUUCAGAAUGCCUUAUUAGAAGAAAAAUGUGCUAUCUCUGGUCCCAUAUUACAAGAUUUUGAUUGGAGGAUAAAGUGGGUUAUGGGAAGCAGCAAACUGUCUUCUCUGCGAGAACCACUACUGUUUCUGGAUUUCCACCUACGUGAAGGAAAGAACAUGAUGGCUCAGAAAUCAGAUAUAAAACAGAAGACUGUGAGUUUGGAAAUGGAUAAGAAUGAACUGAAUAAAGUGAUUGCAGUGCUGGAAAAAGCUCAAGAGUCCAUAUCUAAUUUGCAGGCUUAAGAAAUAACACAUUCCAUGUAUUCUUUGUUAUUCAUUUACUUACACUGUGCAUAAUUUAUAUAUGAACAGUAGACAAAGCGUAUUCAUUACAAAAAUUAUGAUUAACUUAUAAAUUACACAUAUUUACAUGUCUUGAACAAUAAACCCUCAUUUUAACCUUUCUCAGAACUCUGAACUACAAUCAAUAAAUUACUUUCCUGUCCAACAUCAGCAUGAAUCUAACAAUUUUAAGAUCGAUUAUGAUAAACUGUGUCCUGGUGGAUACCUCAAUUAAGCCCAAGGGAAAGUGAUCAGUUGAUAUGUUCAUCUCCUGUUUCUUUAUGGUUAUCAUGUUGAACAAAAUGAUACAAAAUGUGGGUAUGCCUUGGAAUUUGGAAAAUUACAUUCCAGUCUGAUGAUGAACUUGGCAAAGAAAAUUUUAAAAUUUAAGCAAUAAAUAUGACUUUAUCAGG